AUGAUUUCUGAACUAUUUGUUUUCUUUUUGACAUGUUUGUUUGUAGCAGCAAAUGGUCAGAGGAAUGAUCUGAAAUCGUCAUCUUCUUUACACCAGAAACAUGCUUGUUUCAACUUUGGUGAAACUGUAACUUUGGAAUGUUCUUAUGAAGAGCAUAACUCAAGACAGAUCUUCUGGUACAAGCAAAUUUUGGGACGUAAGCUCGAAAUCAUAUCCAGUUUCUUUCUAUUCAGCAAAGCAGUUACCUUUUUUGGUGAAUUCAAGAACAAUUCACGCUUCAGACUGGAAAAAGAAAACCAAACUCAUCACUUGAAGAUUUUUAAGUUGCAAUUUUCAGACUCAGCUAUCUAUCACUGCAUAAGUUCUGAUUCUCACAGUCUCACAUUUUUGGAGGGCUAUAGUGUCCAUGUAAAGAAUCCUUCAUCUCAUAUUCAGACUUCAGUGGAUCAGUCGUCCUCUGAGAACAUCCAUCCAGGAGACUCUGUGACUCUGAACUGUACAGUACACACUGGGAGCUGUGAUGGAGAACACAGAGUUUACUGGUUCAAAGACUCUGAAGACUCUCAUCCAGGACUCAUUUACACUCAUGGAGGCAGGAAUGAUCAGUGUGAGAAAACAAAGAACACACAAACACACAGUUGUGUCUACAAUCUCCACAUGAAGAACCUGACUGAGUCUCAUUCUGGGAUCUACUACUGUGCUGUUGUCUCAUGUGGACACAUACUGUUUGGAAACGGGACAAAACUGGACCUCUCAGCUCCACAGAACUCUGUGAUUCUUUACACUUUGGUUGGAUUAUUGACCAUCAUGAGCGUUUUUACUAUUUUUCUGCUUUUUCUUCUGUGGAAGAUCAACAAGAGAAACAACUGCACCUCCAAAGAGGAACGAUCACCUGCUGCCCCCUUAAGAAGCUCAGAGGCUGAGAACAAAGACACAGAAAACCUUCAUUAUGCUGCUAUAAAUGUGAAGAGGUCCAAGAGAUCAAGAAGACAGAAGAACGACUUAAACAUAGACUGUGUUUAUUCCGGUGUGAGACAACAGAACUGAACCUUUAAGCCACUCUAGAGAUUUUAUUAAGUUUUUUUUUCAAUUAUACCAUGCAACAUUUUAGAUUUUUUGUGUGUGUGUGUGUGUGUGUUGAAACACUGGUUUUUGUAGACGAUUUUAUUUAUUUUUUUUUUUUUUUUUAAAUGUAGUAUAUUUUUAACCUUUUUUUAAAAAAAAAGUCUUGUUUUUUGUUUUAUCUGGAAAUUAAUAUUUGUCUUUCAAUACAUGUUACCAAAGUGUCCGAUAGAGGAAAAUUACCUAAAUUUGAAAAUUUUGUGCCUGCACAGUGGUGUAGUGAUUAGCUCUCUCAUCUGACAGCAAUAAAACCUCGUUUGAAACCCUGUUGGGACUUUCUGUGUGGACUUUGCAUGUUUGUCUUUGCACAGUAGAUUUCUCAGACAGUCCAAAAACAUGCUUCAUAGAUUAACUGAUG